UCCCGGCCGCGCUGCCGUGUGCGGGGCCGUCCCGCCGCUGUCACCCACCCCAGCGGAGGCAGGGAGCCGCCCUGGCCGGCGGCCAGCCCUCUCCUCGCAGCUACCUCCCCCGGCAGCGCGGACCGCUCCUGCCUCCGGCGCUGCAAGGCACAGGGCAGAGAAACUCGAGCAGAGCCGUCAGCAGCAUGUCCGGCACCAAAUACGUGGACUCGGAGGGCUUUCUGUACACCGCGCCCGUCCGGGAGCAGGGCAACAUCUACAAGCCCAACAACAAGAUGAUGGCAGAUGAGCUGAGCGAAAAGGCGGUGCACGACGUGCACACCAAGGAGAUCGACCUGGUCAACCGAGACCCCAAGCACCUCAACGACGACGUGGUUAAGAUCGAUUUUGAAGAUGUGAUUGCUGAGCCAGAGGGAACACACAGCUUUGAUGGGAUUUGGAAGGCCAGUUUUACCACCUUCACUGUAACGAAAUACUGGUUUUAUCGUUUACUCUCAGCAAUCUUUGGAAUUCCUAUGGCUCUCAUCUGGGGCAUCUACUUUGCCAUUCUGUCGUUCCUGCACAUCUGGGCGGUGGUGCCGUGCAUCAGGAGCUACCUGAUCGAGAUCCAGUGCAUCAGCCGUGUCUAUUCCAUCUGCAUCCACACGUUCUGCGACCCGCUCUUUGAGGCCAUAGGCAAAGUGUUCAGCAGCAUCCGAGCCACAGUGCGGAAAGAGAUCUGAGGGACCAUUCCAGGAGAGCCAUCAGCCUAGGAAGGGGGUGAAGGUUUUUGUGGUUUUUGGAGUGUUUUGGUGCCAGUUUUGUGUUUCCCAAAGCAACAUACAGCAACUGGUGGUGGACUGGCCCAAAACAAAGAAUCACUUGCUCAGUUUCUUUUUCUACUGUUCAUUCUUACUGGACUACUUGCCUUUUUUUUUUUUUUUUUUUUUUUUUUU